CUCCGAUCUUUGCUCGGCGCCGAUUGGAAUAAGACGAAAGAGAAAAAAAGCUGCCGCGAUCGAAUAUCGCGGAUCGGCAUUCUGCGCACCGGCUGCAUCAUCCUUUCUACCUCCCACUUUUAAAUCCGCACAUCUAACAGUACGAUUAAACAACGAUUAAACAACCAGACAUUUCAUCUUACUCUCUGUCCGUUUCCUCUUGAAAACCUCUCGAUCCUUAGUCACGUCUAGCGCAUCGACAUGUCUAUCGUUUCGGCCCUCAAGGGCGACUUGCCGCAGCAAGCUAGGUCACUGUACCGACAGCUCUUGCGCCAAGGCGAGCAGUUCGAGGCAUACAACUUCAGAGAGUAUGCGAAGCGGCGGACGAGAGACGCCUUCAGAGAGAGUGUCGAUGUGCACGACCCCAGGGAAAUACAGACCCUCAUACAAAAAGGGCUAAAGGAGUUGCAAAUGAUGAAGCGUCAAACCGUCAUCAGCAAGUUUUAUCAACUUGAUCGAUUGGUAGUCGAGGGUGGAAUGUCGGGCAAACAGAGCGGGAAGUCUGGGGAUAUUGCGCGGCAGAAAGACACAGGAUGGGAUUAAUAUGAUGACAUUACCUACGUAAAGGCACAUGCUCUCGGUUUUGGUCAUGGUGUAGAGGUAAAUAUCACCCCUUUUGUGCACUUUACCUCUGCCACACAGCACGCACCGACCUGUACUAUUAUCACGUCAAUUUGUAUAACAAAGACCCGAUCAAACUCCAAGCUUGCUAGCACCCACUCUUCUGUUCUGCGAGAACAUCAAGUGCCGACAGAGAGGAGGACAGAAGUGUCUAAGGUCGGAGUAAAGUGAUUUAGGCAUGGAAAGGUGGCGAAAACCAAACUCACUUAACACGGAAUACUAGAGGUAUAUCCUGCUUGGCGCCUCUUGCGUGAGCCUCUGAGGUAUUGGUGUAUCUUGUUAUGUGUAUCUUGUUAUGUAUGCAUGAAGAAGAGAUGCUCGAGGAUUACUGAAUUUACUAUGACACUCCUCACCCAAGGGCAAGAUAGAUGUGAUUAUGAGUACCUAGGCGUCUAUUUCUACUCCUCCAAUUCUGACAAUUCAAAGACUACCCAAUGCGCACAGGUGUCAGAAUUCAAUAUGUAUUACACCCGGCUCAUAUUAGAAGAAAGGGUCGGAGGAUUUGCUACGUACAUACAUACAUAUGUAAUAUAUGAAUAUGUAUGUA